AUGCCCCCCCUGCUGCACCCCGCCUUGCCUUUGCUCCUCGGCGCCACGCUGACCUUCCGGGCGCUGCGGCGCGCGCUCUGUCGCCUGCCCCUGCCGGCGCACGUGCGUGCCGACCCUCUGCGCACCUGGCGCUGGCACAAUCUGCUCGUCUCUUUCGCCCACUCCAUAGUUUCAGGGGUCUGGGCGCUCCUGUGUUUAUGGCAAACACCCGAUCUGCUGGUGGAGAUUGAGACUGCAUGGUCGCUUUCUGGCUAUCUGCUAGUUUGUUUCUCUGCAGGUUAUUUUAUCCACGAUACGGUGGACAUUGUGGUGAGCCGUCAGGCUAGAGCUUCUUGGGAAUACCUUGUCCAUCAUGUCAUGGCCAUGGGUGCCUUCUUUUCAGGAAUCUUUUGGAGCAGAUUUGUUGGUGGGGGUGUCCUAACACUACUGGUAGAGGUCAGCAACAUCUUCCUUACGAUGCGCAUGAUGAUGAAGAUCACCAAUACCCAGGAUCUCCUCCUGUACCGGGUCAACAAGUAUGUCAACUUGGUCAUGUACUUUCUCUUCCGCCUGGCCCCACAGGCCUACCUCACCCAUUUCUUCCUGCAUUAUGCCGGCCAGAGGAACCUGGGCACUUUUCUACUGGGCAUCCUGCUCAUGCUGGAUAUGAUGAUCCUCAUCUACUUCUCCCGCCUCCUCCGCUCUGACUUCUGCCCUGAGCGGGUCCCUAGCCAGAAGAACAAAGACAAAUUCUUGACUGAGUGA